AUGGUUGGGUCCUCCAACUGGAAAAGUAACUCUGUUAGUGAUAAACCAGUGCCUGUAUGGGUUACUCACACACCCACACCAGAUAAUAUCUCGGACGAUGAUGCCAACUCUACUGGCCACACAUCCAGCACACCACCUUAUGCAGAGAGAGAAAAUGAUGACAACAAGGGAAGCAUGAGGAACAGGCUGCGAACCCUCCUGCCUCAGUCAUGGGGGAGUGUUAUCCAAAAAUGGAGAAAGGGAAAUGACAAUACUAGCGACUCCGAAGCCAGCUCCACUCGGAUCAAGAUCCUUCCCAAUGGAACCAGGGUGAGUCCUCCCGUUAGUCCCCUACUGGAGCGCAGGUGCUGGGACGCUCAGGAGGGAUCUGUGGGCAAUUCCAGCCAGAGCUCCCAUAAGCCUUUAUUAAGGGACAGUCCCAUUGACGAUGAUCUGCUCCAUCAGGCCCCACAAGAGGAAUCACUUCUGACCAGUAUCCACCCUGCGGAGUACUACGCCGAAAAGGUGGAGGUCUAUAAGCUGAAGUACUCUUAUUUGAAAUCGUGGCCUGGGUUACUCAGACUCCUUGCGGGACUUGAACUCUUAUUUGGGGGAAUGGUUUUUGCUUGUAUCAUUGCCUACAUCCAAAAAGACAGUGAGUGGUCCAACGCCUACGGACUGUAUAAUGGGAUGUACAACAAUGGGCUAGGCGUGUCUGGGUAUGGCUACAGGGGCCCUAUGACUCCCUUUAUCCUCGCUGUGGCUGGAGUCUCCUGGAUCAUAACCCUGGCUCUCUUGGUAAUGGGGAUGACUAUGUACUAUCGCACUAUUCUCCUCGACUCCAAGUGGUGGCCUCUGACAGAGGCGUUUAUCAAUGUAGCGCUGUUCUUGCUCUACAUGUCAGCGGGGAUUGUGUACCUGAACGACCUGAACCGUGGGGGGCUUUGCUACAUGACAAUUGGAAUUAACCCCAUCAUGGCCAAUCUGUGUCGGGUUGAUGGGGGCCAGAUGGCAGGAACAGCUUUCAUCUUUAUCAAUAUGUUGAUGUAUCUCAUGAGCUUCCUGGUGUGUCUGAGGAUGUGGAGGCAUGAAGCCACUCGGAGGGAGAGGGAGCAGUUUGCGAACAUGGAAGUGCGUCAUCACUCAAUCCCACUGACCUCAACAAAACCAAAGAGGAUAUCAUUUGAGGACGACGUGAACAGGUCUCUGAGUAAAAAACGUGAUAAUCAGCACACACUCAUCACUGAGGUCGAAAGGGAUCCACUCACCCUGAGCAAAACUGUAGAGCCUGGAUACAUCCCCAAAAUACAAGUUGUUGCAGACUACAUCAUACGGUAUCCAGAGAUCAACUCUGUGGAAGAGAGGGAGCGCUACAAAGCUGUUUUUAAUGACCAGUACCAGGAAUACAAGGACCUUCACAGAGACAUCAGCACCGCCCUCAGUAAGUUCAGAGAGCUGGACACCAUGAUGGACAAACUUCUCAGAGAUGGAGGAAGCCACAAGGAUCAGGCAAGAAUUCAAACCAUUCUGAAGAAAUUUGAGCAGAAAAAGAGUGACCCUGCCUUCCUCGAGAAAAAGGAACGCCAUGACUAUCUGAAAGCUAAAUUAAGCCACAUCAAAAACAAGAUCCGAAGAUUUGACGAGGACUCCAUGACAAAUGGUCGGAUGCAGACAUGA